GGCUGAGGGGAAGAGGAUGCUGUCCGGGUGGUUCUCGGUUGACGAGGUGGCGGCGGUCGGGGCUGUGUUGGCGGCCGGCGGCGUGGACGCGCUGGACGAGCUGCGGCAGCUGAAGAAGGAGGAAGGGGGAUGAGCGGACGGUGUCGCCGUUCAAGGGCUCAUGGAGCGUAGAUCCGCGAGUGGAGGCAGCUGUGCGGAUGAAGAGGGGGAGGACGGUGCAUCGUCGGGAUCGGCUGGCUGUACCGGAAGGGUCGCGUCGCUUGCGCCUCGGCUGGACGAGUAUCUGGUGGAGGGGAGGCCGAUGUGCGCCGUGAUUGACAAGAAUAUGGGGAUGCAUCCUGAUUUCACGGAUGUGUUCUACUGGCAAUUCAAAGCGGGAGGCAAGUCGCUGCAUUCUGGAUGGUAUGCAGUGCGCGAGCUGGAGGUUGUGGCGCAUCUGCUCGUCCAGUCUGUGUUGAAUGGGAGCCCACUGGAUGGUGAUGUGGACACGCGAGUGAGCGAAAGUCGGUGGGAGGGGGAGAUACCUGCUGUGGAUCCGCGGGAUGUGCAAGAGCAGGCGAAACGUAAGGCGGAAGCAGGAACGGUGGCUGCCAAGGAUCGGCAAGCUGUGGACGGACGGGCGAUGCGUGUGUUUGCGCAGGGCUACCUGCUCGAUGGGAAGAAAGUGAUGGUGAGUGUGGUCAAAAAUAGAGGCAUGCAUCCUGUGCGCGAGAUGAUGGCCUACUAUCACUUGGAUGUGGCAUAUGGCAAUGCGGCGCGGCAGCUGUUCUCGGGAUGGCUGACGGUUGACGAGGCGGAGUGGGUGGCGCACAUGGCGAUUCGUGAGUGGCUGGCGCUGAGCAAGGCUGAGCGGGAGGCCAAGCGGGCAGAGUACGCUGCUGCUGCGGUGGAACGGGCUACGAAGCGAGGGACAGCGACGACGAGUGGCUUGGAUGGGAGGGUGGAGGUGUGUGAUGGCGAUCCGCGGGUGAUGGGGCUGUCACGGGCUAUGGUGAUGUGGUCGUAUGGGGUCAGACAUGGAGAUCGGUGGCCUGUUGGUGAGUGGAACAGGGUGACGCUGGAUGGGUUUGAGGUUGAUGGAGCCAAGCUGAGCGCGAAGUUGAUUAAGGAGUAUGGACGGCAUCCGAUGAAUCCGAGCGCGGUGUAUUAUCAUUUUAGGGCUGACGGUCAGGGCUACGGGGCGUAUUGGUUGCGGCAGGAUGAGGUUGCGCUUGCUGCGCAUCGAAUUGUGGAGGAUGUGCUGGCGGGGCGGAAGGCGGCGACCGGAUUGGCGGUGGCGGAAGAGAUAGCGACGUCGAGCGGGUAUCUGGGCCGGCCGAUGGAAGUCGAUCCGCGGGAGGCGUGUGUGCGAAUGGAACGCAAAGCUGAGGUGAGGGCAGUGCCCAAGUCUGAGCGGAGCGUGGUGUCUGCGGCCGAAGGUAGGAGCCUGGCGAUGCGAGGGUUUGUGGUCGAUAGGAAGAUGGUGAGGGCGGUUGUGGCCCGGAAAGCAGGCCAGCACCCGACGCGCAAUGGAAUGCUGCAUGUGAGGUUGGAGUUUGGGUCUGGCAAGGCAAAGAAGUCGCUGUUCUCCGGGUGGAUGACGCGGCGCGAGGCGCAGUGGGUGGCGCACUUGGCGAUCCAGGAGCAGCGGGCGAAGCUAAGGCUGGCGGCGCAAGAUGUCGGGGCUGGAGUGGCGUGGAAGCCGACACGUGAGGAGAUGGCGCGUGUGGCAGGCGUGCUGCGGCCUGGGCUUGCGCUUGCAGUGGACGUGGAGGCCGGGGUGAUGGAGGAUUUGCUGCGCGGAGUGAUCCGCCGGUGGGUGGUGUUUGACGCCGACAGCAAGGCUGUGAUUGGAGCUGGCUGGUGGAGCGUGGAUGAGAUGGUGGGGAAUGCGGAGGACGUGGGCGUGGUGGAGGGGAUCGCGCGGAAGCGAGCGCGGCGACGGAGGAAGGUGCUGCCGAUGGUGUCGGACAGCGGCGAUGACGGGGAAUCGUCGUGUGUGAUUGGGGUCGUGAGCGAUGCGGGGAGCAGCGGCUCGAGCUCGGAAUCCAGCAGUGGGAUGUCGUCUGGCGAGUACCGCGAGUGGAAGCGGCGCAAGUUCCUGGAGGCGAUCCGGAUGCCGAGCAGGGAGGAGGUGCUGCGUAUGCAUGUGGAGGAAGGCAAGUCGUGGAAUUCGAUCCUUGGCGUGCUGAGCGAGGUGAGAGAGCGGCGGCGGAUGGUGACCGAGUACUUUAUCAGGGGAGGGCUUGUGAAGGUGGAGGAGGAUGGGCAGUAAAUGACGAGGGGC